AUGGGCAUUCCGGCCACAUUUCGAUGCUACAUCAGAUGGGUGCGGCGUGCGUUGCGGCGCCAGGGGGUGAGGUGCCGUGCAUCGGUCGGCGAGGCGGCCAGCGUGGACCAUGCCGCAGUGCGCGACUACCAGGAGAGGCUUCCGCGGCUUCUCAUGCAUCUCUCAGCCCGUCCGCGCGACAUGUACAACCUCGACGAAACCGCGUUGUGGCUGUCUCUCAAUGCGGCCAUGUAUGCUGAGGGCCGCCACAUCAUCAUUCUGCUCGACAACGCAAGCUCGCACAUGCUCAGGAGCGAGUUUGCAUGGAGCGAAAUCGUGUGCGGCAUGCGCACGACCUGCAUGAGCAACGUACGCCUGGUCUUCCUGCCGCCUAACACGACGGCCUUCAACCAGCCCCUUGACCAGGGGAUUAUUGCAACCGCCAAGGCGCGCUACCGCCAGCACUGGUUGCGGGCCUUCACGGCUCUGUGGAACGCGGACGGGGCCACAAGCGCCGCCGCGCGGUUUCGCCCGAACCUGCGCGACGUGCUGGCGUGGCUCUCGGACGCGUGGACCGGCCUGCCGCACGUGCAUGACGAUGAGCCCACCCCGUCCGCCUAUCCCGACAUCGAGCUUGAUGAUGAGAUAGGCGACGUCGGGACUCUCAUCUCUGGGCUUCGUCUCGGGCAUGGGGCGAUGUCCGCGGCUGAGUACGUCGCCAUCGGCGACGGUGAGCCGACGUGCGCCGAGCACGCAGCGGAUCUAACGCCGAAUGAGCCGGGUGCGGGCAUGGUGGUGGAAAUGUGGGAGGCGCCCACCACCAUGCAGGCCGUGUAUGAGGAUGCCGACCCCGUGGGCCGUGAAGCGCGGCGCACGGCUCGGGCGGCGUGCGAGAUGUUCAUUGGCUAUGCGCGCGCCAUCAGCAUCCAACCGCGCGACAUGUGCCACCUUUUCAACAUCCACAACCCGGUCAUCAUCGCGCGAAUGGAGCGGGCGAGCCCGCCCAUUAAUCUGAACGUGACCCUGCCGGCUGCGCGCACGCUAGGCGCAACACCCACGCCCGACACCCCGCGUCCGCGCGGCCGAGUGCUGCCUGGCUGGAUGACCCAGCCUUCCCGCCGUCAGCAGCUGCUGGACGCCGGUGUUGGCGCCGUGAUGGGCGGGUACACAGACGCGGCGGAGUGGAUGCGUCUGUGA